AUGCUUCUUGCCCGACUUUUGGCGCUCGCAGCAGUGGCCUCGGGCGCGCCAGCCUCGGGCGGUGCAACGGCGCCGAUCUUUCUCCCCAGAAAUGGUGGCCUCAGCGCUUCUGAGCAUAACGGCACAGCCCACCUGACCGUGCUGUUUCCCAGCCAGACCGACACGCACCUAGCCGAACGUGACUGGACCACCGACCUCGGUGAAUGGGCCAAGGUCACUUUCCACGUUCCCGAUUCGGGCAACUGGUUCGUCGCCCCGCUGGGCACGCAGAAGAACGUCGACUGCGGACACUGGGUGCAGACCGCCUACUUUCCGCACGAGCGGCAGGUGUACAUUGCGUUCCAGUUCAAGUGCAAGGCUCUCUUCUGGUACCCUGACUCCAUGGGAUUCCACGAUAUCGUCAGCGUCGCGAGGGGUCACUACAAAACGGAUGGGUUUGCGGCUAUUUGGUUCCUUGACGAUGGGGAUAUCGCCACCAACUCCCAGGACAAUGCAUCCGCUGAAAGGACAAAUCUUGACGUAGUCACGAACGCAACUAGCUUCAGGCGGGCACUAUCUCGCACCAACGCGGCCGCAGUCAAUCGCUUCACCUCUCUGUCAUUGUUGGUUACCACCCUCACAGUACUCGAAGCCGCCUCUCAGAGUGAGUUGCGCGUCAGGACUGCCGCUGACCACCAGCACUUUUCCUCCACGAUGCGCCUUGCUCAGCUUUUCGCCUUCAUCGCCAUGACCUCAGAAGUGACAGCCUCAGGCGGCAACCCAAGCUCGGGCCCUGGUGAAGUUGACGAUGCUUCUGGUGUGACAGGGGGCAAACUCAGCGCCACCUUGGUCGCCACCAAGCCAGCAAAUGAUGACGUCCAGCCUCGCCCUCAUUCCGGCCCCGCCCGUCUCAACCAGCGUGACGAGAAGAGCGACUUCGCUGAUUGGGCAUGGAGAGUCUUCAGCCCCCCCAAGGACGGGGACUGGAUGGUUGCUCGAGCGGACAUGGAGCAGAAGAUCUGGUGCCCGCAUUGGCACCAGACGGCCCAGUUCAAAGGUGUCUCGUACAAGUCGUAUGUGUUCAACUGUCAAGCCAUCUUCUGGUACCGCUUCGACUACCCUGCGGGGAAGUAUCUCCAUAUUGCUACAGGCAACUACAACUGGGACAAUAGCGGAGUUGUUUGGUUCUGGGAAGCAUAA